AUGUAUGGAUCACCAUCAUCAUCACCAUCAAUCAAAAGUUAUAGAGGAAUUAGCGGUGCGUCAAGCAUUGAACUCAACCCUAACACUUCCAAAUACACCAUCACAUUACGUGGAGCUGAAAUUGAAACCACAGUCACCGACAAAUCAACCGUUGUAGAUCAAUGGGUUCAAGACAUGAACGCUCUAUAUGCAACAAAUUCAUCCAUUGUUGUUGGCGUAGAUGUUGAACGGUGUGCAAUAAGAAACAAAUCCGCAACAUUGAAUCUUUGCAUUAAUAAGAAGUGCCUUAUCGUGCAGCUCUUCUACAUUGACAAUUUGCCUGUUUCUCUCAAGAACUUUCUCAUGAACCCUAAUUUCUUUUUUGCGGGGUUCGAGUUUGCUAAUGAUAUUCCUAAUAUUAAAAAAGAGUAUGGUCUCAAUUUCUGUGUGCAUGCCGAUAUUAAGAAGCUUGCCUUGGAAAAAUGUCGCAACUGGUGGUCGGAUCCGCCGAGUUUGAAGGAUAUAGCUGAGCAUGUAGUUCGUUUGGAAAUGAAGAAGCCUAAGCUUGUGAGUUUGAGUAAUUGGGGAGCUAGGGUUUUGAGCAUUGAACAAGUUGAGUAUGGAUGCAUUGAUGCCUUUGUUUGUUCUAAGAUUGGUCACGUGCUCCUCAGGGAUGAUUGA